AGGAAGCAAGAAAGGAAGGAAGAAAGGAAGGAAGAAAGGAAGGAAGGAAGGAAGGAAGCAAGGCGCCCAGGUCGGACCACCUCAACUGACCUCCCUUUGACACAAUAACCUUUGUUUUAUGGAACUGGAGACAAAGGUUAUAGUUGGUUCUAGAUUAGUAAUCGACGACCAAAUGAAUCGCCAACUAUUUUGAUAAUCGAUUAAUCGGUUCAAGUAGUUUUUAUGGAAAAAAAAGUGAAAAUUCUCUGAUUUCAGCUUCUUAUAUGUGAAUAUCGUCUGGUUUCUUUGCUCCUCUGUGACAGAGAACUGAAGAUCUUUGGUGUGAGGACGAAACAAAACCUCAUCUUGAGGGUUUCGGGGAAACACCAUCGACAUUGUUCACCAUUCUAUGAACCAGACAACUGAUGGAUAUAAAUGAUGGAUGAUGAAAACAAUCGUCAGUCGCAAGCCCGAGUUGGUUGUUUGGGUUUUUCCAGGUGUGAGCUGCUCGAGGAGUAAAGGUCAACUGUGCAAACUAAGGUACUUUUCCUAAGUCUUGACCUUUGACCUUGAGGACGCGUCACCGCCAGUCGACAACGUGUGUUUUUGUUGGUGAGGUGUUUCCACUCCAGCUGCACGGGAACAUUAACUUUUGCAAAUUGGUAAAUUUUGUGAGCAGUUUUGCAGGAGGCUGUGUGUGUGUGUGUGUGUGUGUGAAGCAGAGAGAGAGAGAGAGAGAGAGACAGAGAGACAGAGACAGAGAGAGAGAGAGAGAGAGGGGGCGUGUCCCAGCGCUAACAGCCGCCUCCUGUCUUCGGUCCCCCUCAGCAGAGCAGCCUGUCCCGGCACCAGGACGCAGCUCGCCGCCUCCUCUCCUCCGUGCGCCGGGUACAGAGAGGGAUGAGGUCCCGGCAGGUCCACCCCGGGACGCACAUGGACGUGUUCCUCCUGUUCGUUGCCGUUGUUGCUGAACACGAACCCUGACGGUUCCUCGGCCGCAUGUCCGGACUUCUGAGUUGGAGCUCGUGCGCAACGACGGAGCGCAGAGAUUCUGUUCCUUUUUGGAUGAAUUCGCCAUGUUUGGAUUGAGCAGGAUCCGAGUCAGAAGCCCUCGGACGACUCGUGUCCGUGUCUCUCUCUGAGUCCGAUUCACUGAAGGGACUUUUUCGGUGUUGUUGCUCUGCGGAGAUGGAACCGGAGGAGGGGAAGGUGUCGGUGUGGGUCUGCCGCGAGGAGAAGCUCGUCUCCGGGCUGACGAAGCGCACCACCUGCGCCGACGUGGUCAAAGUUCUGCUGGAGGACCAGAACCUGCGGCAGGGCGCGUCCGCCGCGAUGCUGUGCGGCUCGCCGCAGUCCUACUGCGUGGUGGAGAAGUGGCGCGGCUUCGAGAGGAUCCUGCCCAACAAGACCAAGGUGCUGCGGCUGUGGAGCGCGUGGGGCGACGAGCAGGGCAACGUGCGCUUCGUGCUGCUGAAGAACGACGCGUCGCUGCCCAACAACGGGCCGCGCAGCGCCGAGGCGCGCGUCGUGCAGAGCCGCGCGAGCGGCGGCCCGGGCGGCGCGCUCAAGGGCCCCGCCAGGUCCUGCUGGCCCCCCGCCGCCGCCAACCUGUCCCAGGAGCGGCAGCGGCGCGUCGUGCGCAAGGCCUUCAGGAAGCUGGACAAGAUGAACAAGAAGAGGGAGCCGGCGGUCUGCAGAGAUAAAGGCUCCGCGGAGAAGAUGGAGACGCUGGUGCACCUGGUGAUCUCGCAGGACCACACGAUCCGCCAGCAGGUGCAGCGGGUCAAGGAGCUGGACCGCGAGAUCGAGCGCUACGAGGCCAAGGUGCACCACGACCGCAUCCAGAGACACGGCGCGAACUAUGUGCAGGACACGUACAUGACGGUGGACAGCGCGUCGGACGCCGCCGCCGCCGCCGCCGCCGGCACGUCGGAGCGGCAGGACGCGCGGUCCGCCGCGGAGGCGCUGGCGCAGUUCGAGGAGUACGCGCGCCGCUGCGAGGAGGUGGUGCAGCUGCAGGAGGAGCUGACGGAGCGCGAGGCGCUGGUGGAGUGCAUCACCGGGGAGAUCCAGGAGGAGCUGAACCGGCGGUGGAUGAAGCGGCGGCGCGAGGAGGCGGCGGCGGCGGCGGCGCAGGACGCGGAGGAGACGCGUCGCCGCUGCGCCGCUCCAGAUGUUCCGAGUGUGGAGCUGCUGGAGGAGGAGGAGGAGCGCAUCAAGACGCAGCUGGACACCAGCCUGUACAUCGGCCUGCGGCUGAAGACGGACCUGGACGCGCUGAGCGGGGACUUGGACCUGAGUCUGGCACUGUGGGAGACCAAGGAGAGCGAGCUGCUGGAGCUGCUGGCCCGGGUGGAGACGAUGGAGCUGGAGCAUCAGGGGAACCAGGAAGUGACUGAUGAUGAUGAUGAUGGUGACGAGGACGACGGUGAGGAGGGGGACCCAGGUGCAGUGAGCGUGGAGGCCGAGGGCGAGAAGAGCGGCGGCGGCGGCGGCUGGGUGGAGCAGGCCAGAGGCCUGUCCAAGUCCCGCGACACCACCAACGACGACGACUCGGACACGGGCCUGAGCUCCAUGCACAGCCAGGACUCGGACAACCCGCCGGUGUGCGAGUCGCUGGUGUAGAGACUCGCCGGUCGGGAGACUCUCCGGUCUGGAGACUCGCCGCGUUCGGACUCUUGAACUGAAUAUCAGACACAAACUCAGGGGCGGAAGAAUCAGUGCUGACAAAGUACCGGUGGAAGUUCGUCUUCCUUCUUCCAUCCUGCAGACGCACUGUAAUUCUACAGCAAUAAUUUUUUCUGUAUAUGUUAGUCGUUGCACAAUAAGCUAGAGGGGGGGGGUGGGGGGGGGCUGACCUUUGACCUCCUGGAGGAGGGUCAACAAAAGUAGAACCACUUGUUAUGAGGAGAAUUAGUCUGUCGUGAUCACUGGUUUACAAAGAGUUGAUAACAAGAUUGCUGAUGAUGAGUUGUUGUUGUUGUUGUUGUUGUUGUUCCGUCGCCCCCGACGACCACAGAUAUCCCUCCUUUAAAAAAGGUUCAACGUCAGGUGAACGUACAGUCACAGACACACGGGUCAGAUACAAACAAAACUAAUAUAACGGACGUUGAUGUUGGAAAUAUUAAGGAUUUAAAUUGAUAGAAAUCAUAUCAUGUCUCAAAAAUGACCACAACCGAACCGCUCAGAAUUCAUAAAUAUAAAAACCUUCCAGCUCAGCAGAGUUGACCGACCACUUGAUAUUGUAUAAAUGUAAUGUUUGUCUCUUAAUCACACACACAAAAAAAUCAUAUUUAUUUAGUCUUAGAGAUGAAUGAUGAGUAUCGUCCUCUACAGUUUAAAUGUCAUCGGCCGGAUUUAAACAUUAAAAUCAUCUGAUAAUUUGUGGACACUUGCUUACCUGAGAAGAUCAGCAGCGCGACGUGUCUGUGACUGGACACAACCAGGAACAGGGCUCCUCCAUCACCUCCACUGACGUCUGUUUUGUUUCAAUAAGCAUAAAGUAAGAAAACCUGACGCGAGAUCCUUUCCUCUCACCCGGGACACAAAAGCAAAUCUAUAAAAAUGUCAAUCUGUGGCUUAAGAGCAGUGAAUCACAGUGUUUUUUGGGGGAUUGUGACCAAAAGUCAAAUAUGUCUCUGAGCAUCAAGAUUCUCAGUUUUUGGCCUGAAUUCUUCUCCUGGGACGAAUCUUGUGAUUCCUCGGGUUUUGUCUCUUGACCCCCUUGAGAGGUCACGACCUCCACGUGGGGAUCCACCGGUUCCGUCAGUGGCGUCGUCUUGUGCCGUCAAAGCCAAAACAUAAAGUUGAUUUGAUAUUCCUCCUCUUCUUCUGACGCGUCGGCCUGAACGUCUGAGUCGGUCCGUUGGUAAAGACACGGAACUCUUUCACUGACCCUCUAAAAACUAUUCUUAAGCCUCACGUCACCCCCCCCCCCCCCCUUUUUUUUUAACAUCCUAAAAAAUAAGUCUCCAAAGCAAAGUGGUGGUAUCAUCCGUGCCCUCCUGGUUCUCUCUUCCCAGACGAUAUAAAAGAAACAGGAUCCGUGAUCCGCUCCGUGUUGUCUGUCGUCAGGCUGUCGUGACGUCGCAUCUUCACACGUUUGACUUGUAAACUGGUAAAAAAAGAAACAACUAGUGACACCUAGAGGAGACUGUGGGUGAUACACGUUAGCCAAGUGAUGUCGUUUGAUCAGGAGCAGUUUCAUUAGACCUCGGAAGUCGAGGGGUCGGACGUCGGCUUUUAUCGAUCCAUCGUGAUCUCGGAACUCGUAUCACCGUCCCUCCGAGUCGGGAUUUUGACGCACGAGCCGGCAACUUUCAGCAAAAGCGUUUCCAAAGUACUCGGCGACUCUGAGGCCACAGCGAGGACAAUAAAUACAAAAUCCCAGUCAGCACAUUAUUCCACACGACUGUCGGAGGUGAAAUAAACAGUGAAAAACAC